AUGCAGACGGCAGCACAGGAGCGGCGCGGUUCGACUCGAGAGCGUUCGGAUGUGGCUGACCUGGAGAAGCAGUUAGUACAGAACCAGUUGAGCCCCCUCCCGCGAAACAACAGCUGGAGUGGCCCUGCCAUUGAGAACUCCGACAUGAGCGCUCGCCUCCGCGAGCCGGGCGGCUUCCGGCGGAAUUUCCUCCACCAGCAGGCGCUGCAGGAGGGACGCGAGGUAGAUGGACGUUGGAGUGAGCGGCUCAUCGACACCUUGGCCGUUCACAGCUUCCAGGUUGAGAGCCACUUCUAUGGUUUGGACUUGGAUGAGGAACCCUCAGCAGUGAGACCGGUCACCGGCACUGCAGGUGAUUUAAAUAUCGCCUUUCUGAUUUUCAAGGGCAACUGCGGCUGUGCCAUCCUGUACAUGCCGCGCGGAUGGAUGCAUGGAGGCCUCGUGCUUGCAUCCAUCACUGUACCUAUGAUCGGAUUGAUCUCCAUUUGGUGCUCCCUCCUUCUCUUGAAGGUGCGGAUGCAAGACUCUGGGCAUCAGGGCUAUGGUGAUCUGAUUGGGGCGGCCUUCGGCCUCUACGGCCGAAAGUGUGCGAAUCUGUUCAUCAUGCUUUUGCAAUCUGGGAUUUGUUGCACCUACUUCAUAGUGGCCUGUAAGCUGCUGCAGAGCACCAUUUGUCCAGGGCUGGGGUUCAACAUCUUGAUUCCUUGCAUGGUUCUGGUGGUCCUGCCGGUGGUCGCGAUCCGAAAGAUCUCCUCCCUUUGGCCUUUGAGUCUCCUGGGUACAGCUCUUGUGAUCUUCGGGAUCCUGGUGGUCUUUGGUUUGGAGCUAGGUGCGCUCGCUCACGAGCAGCCAGACGACUUGAUUUUAUCCAACUGGAGUGGGGUCUUGGUUUGCUUGGGACAAGCCUGCUUCAUGUUCGAAGGCAUCGGGCUCAUCCUACCAACCUUUGAUGCAUCAAAAAAUCCUCAGCACUUUCCCUGGAUCUACAUCGUCACUCAGACUGGAACGUUGUGUUUGGUUUGCUGCAUUGGUCUCUUUGGGUACCUAGCCUUUGGGCAAGGCGUACACAACCUGAUCCUGCUCGACUUCCAGCCAAAUGUUUUGGUCUUUUUGGUCCGCAUGGCCUUCAUGAUUCAGGUCCUGUGCUCCUUCCCACUUCAGAUGCUCCCCGCCACACGGCUCAUCGAGCUGUCCUUCUUUGGGCCGCCGGUGUCGGACCCGCCCUCCGCCCGGAAGCUGGCCAAGUCCGGAUUCCGCGCCGUCCUCGUGGCAGUGUUUGCGCUCAUCGCUUAUGCGGGCGCAUCGCACUUGGACAACUUUGUGAGUCUCAUUGGGGCCUUGUGUGGCGUGCCAUUGGCAUUUAUCUUUCCAGCAGCGGCACACUACUUCCUCAUCGAGCGUUGCUGCUCGGAUCUGCUGCUCAUGGCCUUCGGUGUCAUCCUGACCGUGCUGGUCACUGCAGUGAAUCUGGCAGCCUUCCUGUAG